AAAAUGUGAUUUUUUAGUUUACGAUUUAAAAUUUCUCAUGAAAUAUAUCUUUUGAUAAUGCAUAAAAACAUUCCCGAAAUUAAAUUUCCUUUUUCUAAUUAAAUAGAAAGAAUUUUUAACAAACAAUUGAUUCCUUUGUAUUGACUUUUGUCACGCUAAAUUGCUCAUACAGCCGCUGUUUGUCAAUCCGGUCAAGUUUUUUGAAAAAACUGAAAAACCGAAAUUUUCUCCUUGAUUAUACAGGGUACUUAUUCUUUCCAUAAUUAUUUAAAAUUAAAGAACAGUAAACUUUACGUAUACAAAAUAUAUUCACUUAUUCUUUAUACAUAAGGAAAAGCACUUAUAAUUCCUUCCUUCCUUAUACACAAAAAAAAAAUAAGGAAGAGUUGUAAGUGACCCUGGGGUUUUAUAAAUGAUAUACUAUUUCAAAUUUCUACACAAUUGCAAAAAUAUUAAUUAUAAUUCAACCGAAACUUUUUAUGUAUUCAAUGCAAACAUUUAAAGAAGAGUUAUUUCUAUGUAAUAAGCCCAUUUGGGGGGGAAAUUCUUAACUUGAUGGUGUAAAAUCUAUUUAUUGUUCACUAAGGCAACCAAACCAUUACUCUUUAUUAUUAAACCUGGCUCUUAAUUUUCUAUUUUUGCUGUCAAUUUUACUUAUGUUGUUCGUAUUUUUUCGACUUAUUCUUCUUUUUCUAAUUACGCCGAUAUAUAAACACAUGUUUAAUGUCAUUUUCCAUAAAAAUAUGCACAAUCGAUAUUUUUACUUUUGUCCCGCUUGAUUGACCGGGACAGUUCCCUGUGUGACACAUCAUUGGAUUAUACUUCUCGUAACUGGAAUGAAUCGUUGAAAGUUGAAUGAUUCAACUCAUCACAAUUCCUUCCCAAGUUUGGCUCUGAUUUAAUAAGUUCCUUUUUUGUUCGAGGACGAGGGUAGUUGAGAACAUUGACUGAUCAAUAAUAAACCAGCAAAGUUAGUUCGUGCAUUAGUGAACGAGUUGUUCGCUCUCAGCAGCCAGGGCUGUAUUAUUAUUUCCACCUGGCCGAAUGGACGAAGCUAAAGAUUUUGAUUUCAUCAAUAGUACUUAUUGGAAAAUGUUCAGCUAUUCUCAUCUGAAUGUUUUCUUAGACGAACAUCCCUCAAGAGACGUCUCUUAUUGGAAACUAAAGCGAUACGUCACCUACUUCUUCUUGUUUCUCUACUUCCCGGUUUGGCUUGUCAUCGAAGUUUCUGGAAUGUUCUUAGGUCGGAAGGGAGACCUCGCUCAAGUGGCCUUCGACUUGAGCUAUGUUGCUCACAUCGUUCAACUUGUGAUCAAGAUGGGCUAUUUCCUCUAUCAUAUAAAGGAUAUCCGUUCUCUUUGCCUCCGGUUCGAACGCUUCCAUACGUCGAAUCACAGACCCGUGUUUUCAAGAAGACUUCUUGGAGAGAGAGGCCAGUUCCUGAGAAGGCUGGCAAGUACUUACUACACGGUCAUAUACAUGAACUUCCUGUUCUGGAUCAUAACUCCUCUUUUUAUCCAACCAAUCAUUUAUGGUCUCACACAGGCCGGCUUCAUCACUGCUACAGGUCCCCAGAACAUUAUACCGAAAUUCUUUCCAGUCAGGUAUCCCUUCGAUGAGACUUCUACUAGAAAUCGGAUUAUUAUCGCAUGUAUGGAGUUCACCGUACUUUCUGCAGGUUUUACUUAUUUCAUUCCGAUCGAUCAGUUUUUCGUAUCGGUAAUCGUCAUGGUCUGUUCAGAAAUAGAUGUUAUUUGUAAGUCGUUGAUGGCUUCUAACGAGCUCGCGAGAGAGCUGGAUAGAGAUUACAGCCUUCUUUUAGGAUCCGAGGACAACAGGAAUAGGAUCGAUUUAAAGCUGUUUAUUGAAGAUCAUCAAAGAGCCUUAAGGACAACUAAAAAAAUCAGUGAAGUAAUGAACCCUAUUUUGGGUCUAGUAGUCGGCAACUGCAUGGUCCUUCUCUGCACUUUGGCUCUCGUCAUCACAACAGUAAGUAGCCAGAAGCGGAAACUGUAUUAAUCUAUUUAAUUAUUUUAAUUUUAUAUAUUCUCUUUAUAUCUAUUCCAUGUAUAUUUUUAUACAGAAAAUGAAAACUGCUUCUUCAUUCUCUGAAGUAUUCAGAGAAGUUUUCGGGUUCAUUGUUGUUAUGACAACCUCAUUGAUAACACUCUACCUGUAUUCCUGGAUGUGUGGGGAACUAAAAAGUAGCGAAGAAGCAGUAUUCGGUGCAGUUUAUUCAUCGGAUUGGUACAACCGGAACAAGAGCUACCGCGAUAACGUCCUGAUAGUGAUGAGGCAGAGCUACACAUCAAGACCUCUCAGGAUGAUGAGUAUGGGUGAUAUGGAUAAGGAGACUUUUAUAAAGGGUUUGAAGGGGAUAUAUACCUACUACAACUUCUUGACGCAUUUUGAGUGAUGGAAAAUCAGAAUUAUCAUAAAUAUUUAUAUGUAGCUUAAAUUAUUUUUUAAAUAGGUUGUCACGCAGAAACACUGUCAAUGAACCGCGACUUGAUUGACACCCAUUGUCAUCAAAUGAGAAAACUUUAAGUAAAGUAAUAAUACGUUUAAAAAAUAUAUAUUUUGAA